AUGCCAUGGUUGGUGAUAGGAGAUUUUAAUGUGGUGCUCACUUGUGAAGAGAAAAAAGGUGGUAGAGCCCCAUUAAGAAUUUCAAUGCAGGAAUUCAGAGAUUGUCUUGAAUCAUGUAAUUUAGUACAAGCCCCCAAGUCUGGUAUUCAAUUUUCUUGGUGUAGUAAUAAGGUGGUGGGUGUUAGAGGAACAUCAGAUCAUGGAGCAUUGUUAGGUGGAGUUGUUAAUAUUUCAAGACCAAAUAACAUUCCAUUCAAGUACCAACCAGUGUGGACUACUCAUCCAGAUUUUAUUAAAGUAAUUCAAUAUUCAUGGGUAGAAGUUUGUAAUGGGAACCCUACUUUCAUCUUUAUCAGUAAGCUAAAAAGACUGAAGAAUAUUUUGAAGAAAUGGAAUUGGGAAGUAUUUGGUGACCUCAGAAUUAAGAUAAAAACUACAAAAGAGAAUGUUCUAGCUGCUGCUUUGGAGUCUGAUGCAGAUCCAGAGAAUAUUGAGUUACUCAAUAAAUUAGUGAUUGCAAUAGGGGAGAAUGAUUUAGCUUCUCAACAAUAUAAUGAAUUAAUGAGAGCAAAAUCAAGAAUUCAAUGGGUUAAGGAAUGUGGAGCUAACACUGCAUUUUUUCUUUCAACCAUGAGGAUUAGGAAGGCUUACAAUAAUAUUUCAGAACUGGAAGACACAGAAGGUAAUCUUGUAACUGGUCAAGACCAAAUUUCUUAUAUUUUAGUAUCUCAUUAUCAAAAGAAGUUUGAAAAGAAGAAUGUGGCAUUUGAUGAUGAAUUGUUUGACGUAAUCCCUAAAGUAUUAACUGAUGAGGAUAAUGUAUUUCUUGAUGCUAUUCCAUCUCAAGAUGAAAUUAAAAAUGCAGUGCUUGGAAUGAAUGCAGAUAGUGCACCUAGACCAGAUGGAUUUCCUGGAAGUCUUUAUAAAUUUGCUUGGGAGAUUAUUGGGAUGGAAUUAGUGGAGGUUAUACAGUAUUGCUGGAGUAACAGAAUUAUAACAGAUAGAAUUGGUGUUGUAAUUGGGAGAAUGGUUUCAGAGAAACAAGGGGCAUUCAUUAAAGGUAGAAAUAUACAUGAGAAGAUUGUAUUAGCAUCUGAAUUAGUGAAUGAACUAGAUUUUAAAAGAAGGGGAGGAAAUGUUGGACUCAAAAUAAAUAUUACAUAA